UAAAAGAGGAGAUAAAAAACCACAAGCCAUCUUCUUGCCCAUUUUCGUUACAACUUCAAAUAGUUCUCUAAACAAAGAAGAAGAAGAAGAAAAUGAGGAGAGUCUUUGGCGUUAAGAAAGACAAAGAACCUCCUCCUUCUAUUCAAGACGCUUCCGAUAGGAUCAAUAAAAGAGGUGAUUCUGUGGAUGAUAAGAUCAAAAAGCUUGAUGCAGAGCUCAGUAGGUAUAGGGAACAGAUUAAGAAAACACGACCUGGACCUGCUCAAGAGGCUGUAAAAGCUCGGGCUAUGAGGGUUCUUAAACAAAAGAGAAUGUAUGAAGGACAACGGGACAUGCUUUACAACCAAACGUUCAACCUUGAUCAAGUUGCAUUUGCUUCUGAGGGUAUUAAAGAUGCUCAACAAACUAUGACAGCUUUGAAAUCUGCCAACAAGGAGUUGAAAGGAAUGAUGAAAACUGUGAAGAUCCAAGACAUAGAUAGUUUGCAAGAUGAGAUGAUGGACUUGAUGGAUGUGAGUAAUGAAAUCCAAGAGACCCUGGGUAGAAGCUAUAAUGUUCCCGAUGAUAUUGAUGAGGAUGAACUCAUGGGAGAACUUGAUGCACUGGAAGCAGACAUGGGAAUGGAAACUGAAUCUGAUGGUGUACCUUCUUAUCUCCAACCUGAUAAGGAACCUGAUUUGGAUUCAGAACUCAACUUACCCUCAGCACCAAUAGGACAGGCAGCAGCAGCAGCGGGUAGAAAUAAUGCGCAGACUGAAGAUGAACUAGGUUUACCUGCUGUUCCUCGGGCGUCAAUACGUGGUUAGAUGACUACUUGGUGUGGUCCUUGUGUAUAUUUAAAUGGGAGUUGAACCGGUGAUUCCAUUGGUAUUUGGAGGUUGAAUUUAUUUCUUCUAAUAGAUUUUCCCCCCUUCUUUUUCCUCUUUUAUCUUAGCAAUGACUAUUGGGGGAUAUUUUUGUGUAAAAUUUGAAUUUCUACUUUAUGGAUAUAUAAUAUUUGUGUGUGCAGGCAGGCAUCCCUAUCAAUGUUGAAGGACUUAAAACAUAUUUAAUAAAUUUCAUUAAAAAAUUUCAUGGUGCAA